AUGAAAUACGUGGUACUUUCAUCAUCAGAAGGAGAUUAUGAAGAUACGUACUUAGAAGAAGAAGAAGUAGUUCCUGGUCAAAACGAGGAUGGAGCAUUUGAUUAUUAUGGAGAUUACAAUGAUCAAAUCCCAGAUGACUUUGAACAUGCAGUUGAACAUGUAUAUGGAGAAGGACAUGGGGGAAACGAAUAUGAACAUGAUGGAGAUGACGAUGAGGAUUUUGGCGAUGAGGAAGAUUAUGAUGAUGAUGAGGACGAUGACGAUGAGGAUGGUGAUGACGAUGAGGAGGACGAUGAUGAUGAGGAUUCUGACGGUGACAAUGAUGUUGCGUACGAUGAUGUGGGUAUGUAUGAUGAUGAUGAUGAUGUUGAGGCAUAA